AUAGUACUUUAAACAUUUUUAUUUUAUCGGUUAGUGUGUCUGAGUAAAAUGGCUGACUAUAGAGACAUUCGAGAUGAAAUUGAGGAAUAUGAUAAAGGAAAAAAUGUCAUAAAUCAAUAUAAAAGAAAGUUAGUGGAGUCUAUAAAGAAGAAGCAUGUGAAUGCAUUUAAAAGUGUUUUAGCAAGUGGUUUAGAUGUGAACUUUAGUGACUAUACUUCUAAUUAUCCUAUUCAUCAUGCUUCUGCUCUGGUUCCAGAUAAGGAUUCUAGAGAGAUUUUAACUACAUUAAUAUAUUCUGAUGUUGAUUUAGAUGUUGCUGAUCGCUUUGGCUGUACACCUUUACAUAUAGCUGUUGGUGUUUCCCUAGAAACCACUGUCACUCUACUUGACAACGGUUGCUUCAUCGAUGCACAGGAUCAUGCAGGUUGCACACCGUUAAUGAGGGCAUGUAGUAAUAGAUCAUCAGAAAGUUUGGCUAUAAUACAGUUGUUAAUAGACACACAGUGUAACAUUCACCUUAAAGAUGAUGAAGGCUUCACAGCUUUACAUUACAUAUGUAAAAACAGUCAACAAGAUGUCAAUUUACGGAAUGAAAUAGUAUAUAAAUUAUUAUACAGUGGUCUAUCACCUAUUUUACAAGAUAAUAGUGGUAAAAUGGGAUUAUGUCAUGAAUUAGAUAAAUUUAUAAACAAUGGAAACAGUGUCAUAAACAAAGAAGAAUUGGUUGUUUUAAAAACUUUAAUAUGUGCUGGACGUAAUAUCAAUUUCACCAACAAAGUUUUUACAGUCUGGUUGACUUAUACUCUACCUCUCUACUCAAAUAUAUUUCUGCUAAAACUAUUUCAAGUUAUACGACCGAUAUUGGGUCAGAAGUUUAUACGACAAUUACACAAACUGUACACCUCAUUACCCAGCUGUGACAAUCAAAUAGCGGACAUAGUUGCACGUUAUCGUGAUAUGCCACGAAGUCUCAAGUCAAGUUGCCGAUAUACGAUACGAUCUAACCUCAAAGAAAGAGUUUUAUUCGCAACAGAAGAUCUUCCAUUGCCAACAUCAUUAAAGAAAUAUUUAUUAUUAUCUGAUAAUUAAUAAAGGAUGGGUUAGGGGUCUUGCUGUUAACUUUUACUGUAAAACUAGAAUUUCUUUUAUCUUUAAAUUAGGUCGGUAAACUUUUAAGUAACGCGAACUUCGUCAACUGGAUGGUUGCCCAGUUCAACGCACAUACAUCGACAUCAGCAAAAUAAGUGCUUCAGGUGAAGGUGAUGUGAUUUUUUCUUUUAGAAAAUAUCAAUUUAAGAUAAAUUAAGAUUGGUUGAAGAGCUGACAGUUCUCGCUAUAAUAGUCGAACAAGAGCAUCGCUACCGCUGCAAUAUACGUCCACAUUCCUGCUUUGAUAUGAUACUUUUUAAAAUGAAGAGAAUGAAAUAUGAAAUGGCUGCAACUACUGUGAUAUGUCAAGAGACAAAGAAGGCUAGGCAUUGGGUUUGUUUUGCCAAGUUUAUAGACUUAAUAUUAACACUGCCCCAGGGAGUUGGGGCAUAAAAUGAAUAAUUUCUGUCCUUACGGUAUAAGGAAUAUAUAUGCCACUAUGCCACGUUCCAACAUGAUCCAUUCAGAAUUCCAGUCAGAGACAAAAAGCAGAAAAAUUGGCCUGGCUCUGCCCUUGGGGGUUGGACGUGGACAAAUUUGAAUAGGUACAACCAAAAUGGUACAAAUUAUAUUAACAAUUGCAACCUUUAGACUUUAGAGUAUUUACAGACAAAAUAUUAACAAAAAAUGUGGGGUCGGAUCAUGCACCAAAAUCAAUAGUUACGGUCCUUAGGCUAUAAGAAAUACAUAUGCCAAGAUGAUCCUUUCAGAAUUGGGGCCUGUAUACGAUAAACAGAAAAAUUUGGCAUGGCUCUAGAGGGUCCACAACCUUAAAAUAUACCAUAUAUUUUGCUUACGAGGGGCAGCCAUUUUGUCCUGCAUCAUUAGGGUGCUACGGUGAUAUAUUCACACGUUUUUUUAUAUUGGAUAAAAAUUGUAACCUCUAGAUGGACCACAUGCUAAAAAUGCGAUUUUUAGUAAAAUGAAGGGCCAUAAUUCAAGAGGUUAUUCGAUAUUCGCGCAUAUCGGAUUGUAACUUCCUGAAUUAUGGCCCUUGAUUGUAGAAAAAAUCAUGUUUUUAGCUUUUGGUCCCUUAUGAUGUCACAAUUUUUAUCCGAUUUAAAAAAAACGUGUGAAUAUAUCACUGUUACACACUAAGAUCUUGGUUCCUUUUGAUAAUCGCGCAUAUCUGAAGUAACUUCCUGGAUUAUGGCCCCUGAUUGUUCUAAAAAUCGCAUUAUUAGCUUGCGGAUUCUCUAGAGGUCACAUUUUUUUUUCCGAUUUUAAAAACCGUUUAAAUUUAUCACGUACCAUUCUACAAUAAUGAAGGUUGAAUUUGAAUUACGGGAAAAUUGAAAUGAAACUGCCCAACAAAAUGGCUGCUCUUUGUACGCAAAUUGUGUCAAAGUAUGUAAUACGAAGGUUGUGGACCCUCUAGAGGUCCCAAUUUUCAUCCGAUUUUGAUGAAACUUAAAACAUAUCUUUAUAUCACAAAGAUAUCAGUCUCUUUUGAUAUUUGCGCAUUUCAGACCAUAACUAUCUGGAUUAUUGUCCCUGAUUGUACAAAAAAUCGUGUCUGUUUUUAGCUUGUUCUCUAUCCUUCCCUUGCAAAAUGUGGACGUAUCCUGUCUGGCAGCCGCUGGUUACUAUGAACCAAGUGUUAACUCACAGAGAAAGACCUUAUAAUAAAUUUCCAUAGUUUUUCUUUCAUCUAAUUCGCUUGUGGCCGUUUUUAUCUGACAGUCUUUUACCAUUUUAGCUCUAGAAUGUUGAUCACGUUACGGCCCAUGCAUGUGUCCUCUUUGUCGUACAGACUGGAUACUAUCAAUUGCAGUUUGUGUGAAGAUCAACCAUUUUUAUACGCCCAAAUGGAAAUGUGGUCGUAUAUUGCCGUCGCCCUAUUCGUACAUCCGUCGGUCGGUCGGUCCGUCCAUCGUCCACAAUUUCUUGUGAAUGCACUACAGACUAUAUUUAUCAUGAAGAAUCCUAUUUAAUUAAAUAAUUUCCGUUAAUCUCUUCUGGAGUUAUGGCCCUUGUUUCACUUUGUUGCACCUUGUGAAUGCUCUAACGAAAAAACUGUAUGAAAUUUAUUUGCAUCAUUUAAAUUAGUGAAAUGAAGACGCCUAUUGAAUUUCAGUUAAUUACGUCUAGAGUUAUGGCCAUCGUUUCACUUUGUUGAAUUUCAGCAAUUUCUGUUUAUUACUAGAGUUAUGGCCCUUGUUUUACUUUGUUGAACGACAAAAUUUAGCGUCUGAUCUGUAUAAAGUUUAUAUGUAUUAUUUAAAUUAGUAAGACGAAAAAGCCUGUCAAAUUUCAAAAAUGUCUGUAAUUUACUUCCAGAGUUAAGACCCUUGUUUCAGUUUGUAGAUCAUUUUGAACCCUCAUAAUAACGCUGGCCACGUCGACGCCAUAUUCUGGUCCCGCCUUCUGCAGUUGAUAUGCAAUACCGAAUAUAAUCUGUGAACAGAACAGUUCUCCAUUGCCUAUGUCACCAGUUCUGGUGUUAUUGGGCAAACUGUAGAAGUUCACGUCGAUGACGAGGGGUAAGGAUCAGUCAACGGUAAGGUCUACGGCAAUGGAUGUUCUCUCUGGUGAGACUUUGGCGCACUAUCGGUACUGAUGGGUCUUCCGUGUGUUUCCACCGUCUGAUGUGUGAAGGGAUUCUGCACGUGCUGUUGCACAACAUGGCGGUCUUGUGGUAACCCUUGGUCUACCAGUUCGGGGGCGAUCAUCCGUGGUGUUGGUGGCCAGAAAGCGUUGCUGAAGCAUGUAGAUGGUCUGAACACUGACCUGGAAUUGAUUGGCAACAGCUUAGGUAGUGUGGCCAGCGUCAAGUCUUCCAAGCACCUGGUUCCUCUGAGCUAUCCUGGGUCGUGGCAUGCUGCUGACUUUCUAGUGUGAAUGAUUCAACCAGGUAUGGGGGUGCAUUUUCUAGGGCUGGUCCCGGUGAACAGCACGUGCAGCAUGAGUUACAUGAAAAUCAUGGAGAACACAUUACCAUCUCAGAAGUCAGGUUGCGUGUUUGAGAACAUUUCCUGGGUUCAAUUCUGUGUUUGGGAAGGAGCCUUAUUGCUCAGGUAAAUUUGGAGAUGUUGUCACAAAUAAACAAUAAAAGCAUUUGGCAAGUUUUAUGCAAUGCGUCUAUUCAGAGUAACAUACCAACCUGAUGUUUCUUUUGCUGUGGUUUCGAUUCGCCGGUUGUACGUGACAAGGAGUAGAGUCGCCUGUCCAACCUCGUUGGUUUACCCCG